AUGAUAAAGACAGAAGGAAUGUAAAGUUAAUUAUAAAGCUAAUUAGCCAUCUAGCAAGCGAUGCACAACAUGAAUUAUUUUGCCAAUCCAGCUCUCUACGCUAAUUAGGCCCGACUCAAUAGUGAAGGUAAUCUGAAUGCAUUAGGCGGCGUAGGCGGCAUUCAGCCUUCUAGCAAUCAUAAUUUAAAUAGCACUAGCUUUUUGGAAGGUAGUGGUGCAUCUUACAAGUAGUAUUUAAAGAAUAACAAAGGAUCUAACCACUAGCUAAAUGAUUCUAAUAAUUCUCCUGGUUCAGUACCUCAUAGUCAUCAUAACAUAAAUAUUUCUCAUUUCAAGAAUAAGAGAAUUAUUGUCAAGCAUGCCAACAUAGUUAAGAAAAAGCGUCAAAUUAAAAUUUGGACAAGUGAAGAAGAUGAAUUAUUAAAGAGAUUGUGUGAACAAAUGCCAGGAAAAUGGAAUGAAAUAGCUGCUAAAAUUCCUGGUAGAAAUGCAUCUCAGUGCUCUUAGCGCUGGCGUCGUAUCUUGCCCACUAAAGUCCGUAAGCCAUGGACACCAGAAGAGGACUAAAAAGUGCUAGAACUUAGCGAAAAGUAUGGUAAGAACUGGGGUAUGAUUGCACAACACAUUGAAGGCAAAACAGGCAAACAAGUCCGUGAGCGUUAUAUUAACAAGCUAGACCCUUCGAUUAAAAGAAGUCCUUGGACAGAAGAAGAAGAUCAGAAAAUUUUGGACAUGUUCUUAGAGCAAGGUCCUAAAUGGUCUGCUAUUUCAAAUGAGCUUGUUGGUCGUCCUGAAAAUACAGUGAAAAAUCGUUUCUAUUCACACAUUAGUCGUAUUUAUCUCUCAGAUGAUAAUUCCUACAUAGCAAAUAAAAAUAGUGAUAAUAACUAAAAAGUAAAAGAUGCUUGCUCAAACAACACCAAGAACAACGCAUCUAAGAAAAAGCAGAUAUAAGUUCAAAAGGUAGCUGCCAAAAAUCUAAACGUGAUGGAAGAAGACGACGUUGAUGGUGAGAACGACGAAGACGACGAUGAUGACGAUGACGAUGAAGAUGAUGAUGAUGAAGAAGAAGAUGAUGAGCGCUCUCAUAACAAUAAUCAUCUAUAAAAUUCUCAAAAUAUGCACAAUGGUAAUGGAAAGCUUGGAUUGAAUGCUCCAGCUUCCAUGUACUCCCAUAUAAACUAAGCUGUAGCUAACGCGAGCCAGCAAUUCGCCAUGCAAAAUGAAACAAACAAAAAGUAAUAGACAACUUCAUAUAUUAAUAUAUAUAAAUCUUGUUUAAUAUUGAAAUCAAUAUAAUAAUUGCAUAAAAACUUAAUAUACUCCCUCUGA